UCCACACUGCCUGCUGAGUUUGGGAAGACGAGCUCUCUCUGUCCUCGCUCUGCGACAGGAGCCUAGCGGGGCUGCUGGAAUAUAACAGGAUCAAAGAGAAGCCAUCUAUACCUGCACAUACCUGACUGCACACACUGCCACCUGUCCACACACUCCAACACACUACCAGCACAAGCACAACGUGAGCCAAUGGUCAUGGUGAAGGAGAAAGUGGCCCAUGCUCAGGACACGCCCCACCCCUCAGAGAAGCCGGUGAUCCACUGCUGUAAGUGCGGGGAGCCAUGCAAGGGCGAGGUGCUGCGAGUGCAGUCCAGACACUUCCACAUCAAGUGCUUCACCUGCAAAGUGUGUGGCUGUGACCUGGCCCAGGGCGGCUUCUUCAUGAAGAACGGGGAGUAUCUGUGCACCCUGGACUACCAGCGCAUGCACGGCACCCGCUGCAAUGGUUGCGGCGACUUCGUGGAGGGCGAGGUCGUCACGGCUCUGGGGAAGACCUACCACCCCGCCUGCUUUGUCUGCACCCUCUGCAAACGCCCGUUUCCCGCCGGCGAUCGGGUCACUUUCAAUGGGAAGGACUGUCUGUGUCAGCGCUGCGUCCAGCCUCUGUCGCCCUGUCCCAAAGACGUCACCAGCUCCAGCAACUGCGCAGGCUGUGGCAGAGACAUUAAGAAUGGCCAGGCCCUGCUGGCGUUGGAGAGGCAGUGGCACCUCGGCUGCUUCAAGUGCAAAGCCUGCGGCAAGGUGCUGACUGGAGAGUACAUCAGCAAGGAUGGUGCUCCGUACUGCGAGAGAGAUUACCAGAUCCACUUUGGAGUGCAGUGUGAAGCGUGUCACCAGUACAUCACAGGGAAGGUUCUGGAGGCCGGGGACAAACACUACCACCCCAGCUGUGCACGAUGCAGCAGGUGCAACCAGAUGUUCACAGAAGGAGAGGAAAUGUACCUGCAAGGAUCCACUGUGUGGCACCCGGACUGUAAGGACAGCACCAGGGCGGAGGAGAGGCACAGGCCAACGAGGUCGUCGUCCGAGAGUAUUUGUUCCCGACCUGGUUCAAGCAUACCGGGCUCACCGGGUCACACCAUCUAUGCAAAAGUAGACAAUGAAAUCCUUGAUUACAGAGACUUAGCUGCCAUCCCCAAAGUCAAGGCCAUUUAUGACAUUGAGCGCCCCGAUCUGAUUACCUAUGAGCCUUUUUACAGCACGUCCCUGGAAGAGGGGCAGGACAGGCAGAGUUUGGGAGAGCCUGUGACCGCGAGACGAGAGCGAUCGCCCCUGCUGGACCAGCGUCCCCUGAGCACCAGCAGAGACAGCUCACCCAGACGCAGUGAGACCCCUCAGACCCCCAGACCCAGCCACUCACCCAUGCCAGAGGAGAGAUCUCCAAGAACUCUCUCUCCCACCCCAUCUGCAGAGGGUUGCUAUGACACGAGGGACCGCAUCAUCCAGAGAUCCACCAGCCAGGGCUCCAUUGGCUCACCUGUCUACAAUCGCCAUAGUUACACGCCCACUCUGUCACGGUCACCCCAACACUUCCACAGACCGGAGCCUCUGACGGGAAUGCAGAAACUUUGCUCCUCCUUACGUGGUAGCCACGCCCACAAUGACUCCCGCCCCACCUCCCCCUUUCGUCACCACUUCAUCCCCCAUAACAAAGACUCUUUCUGCGUAGGCAACGAGCCGUCCAGCGGCCGGAACUCCCCCCUGUCUGCACGGUCAGACAGCCGCCCGGUCACCCCAACUCUCUCUCUCAACCCUAAACAUUUCCAUCUCCCAGAUCAAGGCAUAAACAUCUACAGGAAGCCCCCCAUCUAUAAACAGCACGAUUCAGCUGCCAUGGCAGCACAAAGCAAGUCUGCCGACGACAUCAUCAAAUCCGCCAAGUUCCCUGCCGCCUACGCCCCCAGCCCUGACCAAACGCCAAAGAUCGAGACAGACUACUGGCCCUGCCCGCCCUCCCCGGCUGCAGUAGGUUCAGAUGGGAGGCGUCGUUCACGAGAGGAGGAGGAGGAGGAGCUUCUGAAACGAAGACAAAUCCAGGAAGAGCAUCUCAACAAGAUCCAGUCUGGGCUGGGGAAGCUGAUCCUAAAGGAAGAGAUGGAGAAGGAGCGUUAUUCCCGCAGCGUUUCCGCCCAGCGCUGUGACUCCGCCCAGUACACCAACUGCACAGGAGACCCCAACUCCCCAACCUCCAAAACGUCCUCACUGCCUGGAUAUGGCCGAAACGGGCUCCACAGGCCCCAGUCCACAGACUUCACACAGUACAACAGCUACGGAGAUGUGUGUGGCGGAGUGAGAGAGUUCAAGCCCAUUCAGGACGGCAGUGACUACACUUCCAGAAUGGACAGGGGACUGUCUAUGCCUAAUAUGUUGGAACCAAAAGUGUACCCCUACGAAAUGCUCACCAUCACCGGCAGAGGCCGUGCCAAGCUCCCCAAGGACGUGGACAGAACCAGGCUGGAGCGGCACUUGUCUCCCGAGCUCUUCUUCGAUAUUUUUGGGAUGGAGAUCCAGGAGUUCGACAGACUGCCCCUGUGGAAACGCAACGACAUGAAAAAGAAAGCCAAGCUCUUCUAACCCUCAGAACCCGCAUGUCUUCAUUUAUACACACAAUCAGCCUCUCACUCCACUAUUGGAAUUUUACAUAUAGAGUUUGGUUUGAUUUGAAUUUUAUUCUAACGGUUACGAGCAGAAACCCUGUGAAAAGAAAGUUUAUUUUUUUGCUUGAACAGAAGGCUACCCCCAGAUUCAGAUACUAGAAGUAGAUUUGAAUGAGUGUAAUGGGGUGGAAGGAAAGCAAAGGCGUAUUUUAAAAGAGGAGGAGACAGGAAGAGGAAAGCGCUUGUUUUCUAAGGGUUUUAAAUAAACAGAGCUGCUUCUUUAUUUUUCUCUGGGUUUCACUGCUGCCCAAAUUUUAUUCGAAGGACCCCCCCAUAGACGUCAGCGGGGUUCUUAUGCUAAAGAGCCAUUUAAUACACUGCACACCCCCUCCCACCCCCCACCCCCACACCACCGCUGGUACUAAUGAGAGCUUCCAACUGCAUCCCUGCAUUUAGGACAGAGGGAAUCGGCUUCCGGUGCUGGGGGUGGGGGGAACGAAGGCCUCUGCUUCAUUACUGGCUACCCACUGCAAGGCCCCAGGGACCCUCUCUGGAAAACAUUAAACCUGGGAAAGUGCUUGGGUUGGACACACCGAGUGUUCACAGAUUAUCCGACCAGAUCUGUCCCUGGGUUUAACAUCCGUCGUCUUUCUUUCCAGAUAAACUGCUAUAAUUUCAGUCUCACAUUAUGUUAAGUAUUUAGUUAUUUAAGACGCUGAUCGUUUUAUCUGAGAAUAGAUAGACGUGCCCUUCAAUAUCCCCUUGUCGAUGUUUGAGGAGUCUGACUGCAACCCUGCAGUGUCACCACUAGAGGUCAGGCUUGAAUCAUGUCUGUGUGUGCUAACCAGCUUGUCUCGGUUUUUUGAACAUAAUAUCGUCACCGUUUUACACAGAAUAUAACUUAAUGACUUAUGUUCCUUCUUUCAGUGUCAUUGUAAAACCAUCAGUCCCAGAUUUUUGGCCCAUAAUAUCAGUAAACACAAAGUGCAUCUACCAAAUAUCACUGCAAACAUGUAGAAUGAUGUUAAGAAAAAUAACUACAGCUGGUGUGACUGUGUUUUAUAGAUGAAUUAUAAACUGCCAUUUUGUUGUAUUAAGGAAAGCAGUGCUUCUGGUCACUUUGCAGGAGUGGCAUUGGCGCUGAUGCUCUGAACUUCAGUUCAACCUGCAUUUUUAGGAAUCAGAUACUUGUCAGCCACAAAGCCUAAAAGAGCAUAGUUCUCCAAGCCACAUUCUACAGAUGUGCUGUGUUUUGAGCAUUAUGGGAUGUCACUGCUGGAGACUCUUUCAGCAGGUUCUGCGGGACCAAUUGGGGCACUGGUUACCGUGGCAAUCCUGGGCCUGUAACCAAUCGUUAACGAAGACUUUGCUGUAGUUGUAAAUAGAUAACCGAAAAAGAUGAUGUCACAUCUCCCUCAGCGAACGUUUUUUUUUUUUUUUUGAUGAAAUCCCUUUGUACACUCCUUGGUAUGAAGGCAAAAAUGCGCUGUUGCCCUUAGAAACACGAUUCUUUAUAAUACAACAGUAAUGUAUUUGAAAAUGGAUUUUAAAGUGUUUUAGCAGUGAAGAACUAUGGUAAUCCACCUUCCAUAUCAAAUGAAAAGAUACAAAAGAGACAGAGUUUUGAUAUGCAUAUUUACCAAUGUUUUAUGUCUUUUGGAAGAGAGACUUUAAUGAUGUAACAGUGCUACUGAAUAAUAAAGAGCAGCCAUUCAUAACA